CAUUUACAUAUGAUCGGUUAUAAAAUACAGAUUCUAGUUUAUUUAUUUAUUUACGGGUGUCCAUUAUUAAAGAUUGAGUUUGAAAGUAUUUGGGAAUGGACUAACCGAAAAAGAAGGUGGAAAGUGACAAGAGAGUAAAGACUGAAGAGAGCAUUGAACCAAGCAAAACACCUUUUCUCUUGGAACCCCUAACCAAUGUCUAACAACAAAUACCCUAUUUUCCCAAUGCUCCAAUCUCAGCAGAUGAAGUCCUAGAUGCUGUGUAACAUUCCACUAAUUAAAUCAAUGUAACUAUAUUACUUUAGAGAACCACUAAGAAUAUAAAAAUCUUUAAUAAAAGUAUUAAAACAAUAAAAGAACCAUUUAAUUAGAAGUUCUAGCAUCCUGAAUUUUCGUCUAGCCCUUGUAUUAAAUAACCACUCGUUUGGAGUAAAGUCUUGUGUAAAAAAAGUCAUAUGCUUUUUGUGGAAGUCAUCUCAAAUUCUUACUGGUUAAAUACAUAAGCAUAGUAAAUGUAUGGGAGAAUAAAUGAUGAGAAGGACCCAUGCAAAUUCCUUGGUACUAUUAAAUGUUCAAUAUGGAUCUUGAGAUUUUCAAAACAAAAGAUAUAUAGUAUUACUUUCUGUUUCUAGUGGGUCAUAUAAAAGCAAAAAAAAAAAAAAAAAAUCGUCAAAAUUACGACAAUGUUUUUGUAUAAUAAUAAGAAACCAUUCCCAUGUGAUCGGUUACAGAAUACAAAUUCUACUCUCUUUUUUUAUAUACGGGUCUUCAUUUUUAAAAAUAAAUAUAGCUUGAAAAAGUAUUUGUCUAUUUGAGAUAUAGUCAUAUAGACUAACCGAAAAAGAAGGUAGAAAGAGACAAGAGGGUGAAGAAGCAUUGAAUCAACCAAACACUAACACUAAAACACCUUUUCUCUUGGAACACUCAAAUACUAAACUCAUUUCACCAAUGUCUAACCAAAACAAAUCUCCUAUUUUCCCAAUGCUCCAAUCUCAACAUUUUAGCGAUUAUGGCUUCGAUCCCCAGAUCCACUACUUUCAGGUUUUGGAAGAAGCAAAGAAGCACAAGUCUUCUUCCAUUGACACAUUUCAGUUCAAGCUUCAAAAACCUAUCUCGAAAGAUGAUUUGAUCCGAACCACUCUCCACAAGAAGAACAAGAACAAGAAGCGUUGGUUAUGGUGCAAGAACGCUUUGUUCUUCUUGAAGUGGAGGAAUUGGCCAGUCUUCGCCGUCGUUGGACGAUGCUCUGGCGAAAAUGACGGAGACAAUGAGUUCGACGAUAGUAGUGAUGUUCAUAUUGCUAGAGCUAGGAAUUUUCGUGCCGGUUCGAUAUCGGGUCCGGUUUACGUGACGGAGAGCUGGAGCGGUUCGACUACACCAUACCGGCCGAUGACGACGAGAUCGGCGGUUCAGUAUUUGAGUCUACGGGAGCUUACUAUGGAGCGACAACAGAGGAUCACUACCACUUCUUCUAUGUCCGGUCCUAUUUACUUGGUCACGUGAAUAAAAACAUCAAUUUGCAGAAUUAUCCUUUUAUAAAGUUUUUAUAGGAUCAUAAAAGGAAAAGAUAUUAAGAUUUGUUUUGGGAGGUGUGGUUAUAGUUUAUUUGCAAGAUAAGUUUAGAUUUGGUUUGUGAGCCUAAUGGGCCCAAUUGUUUUAUAGGAUAUGAUGAGUCCAUUACAUAAGAGUGUGACUGGGGAAAAGGGGAUUUUCAUACCCGUACUAUCUGCACCGUGGAUUUUCAUACCUGAACAAUUUCGUAGGGUAUUUUACAACCUAAACUUCAAUAAAAUUUGAAUCUCAUACCUA